GAAAACAUCCUCAUAAUGACACUCCAGUUGGAAAAACUGAUCUUACCUAGUCAUAUGGCAUGCUGCCUGUGCCAGUUUAAAAGUACCAUUGAAGUUGUCUGCAAGACAGUCAAGCUGCGUUGUGACAGUGAAUGUCUGAUAAACAGCACACGUUGCAGUGAAGAAGCAUCUCUGGGGCCCGCAGAAGGAACAUUUAUGAAGGCAUUACAAGCCCGGAAGAAGAACACCAGCACUGAGCUCACUAUUGAGCCAGAAGCUGCAUCCUCAGACAGAAGUAGUGUCAACUUGUCAACUGUCCUGAAUGAGCCUCUAGGCUUUAAUGAUGAAAGUGAUGUUAUUAGUGCACUAAAUUACGUAUUGCCUUAUUUCUCAGAGGGAAAUCUAGAACACAUAGAAAUGACAUUAUUACCAUUCAUUAAACUGCUUUUUUCAAAGGAAAACCACCUGGCAAAGAUCCAGAGAACAGGUGUCAGGAAAAGGCUGCAAAGGGUGAACAGAGUCCUUAAGAGGCCAAGGGGCAUAAAGAAAAGGCACUUCCAAGAAAUGGAAUAUCUGAGCAUCAGGAGUAAACAAGGGGCCAAGCCAUUUAUGGAGAACACCCCCAAAGCAAGAAGGUCCCUAAGGCCACCUUCAAAGAAGGUGGAACGACUUCUCAUGGUGCGGAGGCAAAGGAACUUAGGGGGAGUCUCCUUCAACACAGAGCCUUCAUCCAGCAAGGAGCAUAAGGCAGCAGUCUCUUCUUCCCUGAAACAAUACUCCAUGGGCAGGCCUUCUACCUCUCCUCCUUCAAAAGCCCCACCUGAGGUUAGAAUCCUUUCAAAAGGCUUGACCUACACCAUUUUUGUUUUAGAAGAUGCAAAUGCUACAGUUAAAAAUAUGGAGGUUCCUAUAUCAGUAUCACAUUCCAGAAGAAAUUACAUCUACCAUAAAUCUCGCUCUCGAGUGGUUCACAGAAGACCAAAGGCCAGAACGAGUCGAAGGCUCAGAAAAGUCCGUAGGCUGAUGCUUAGAAAUAGACCUCCUUCCUCUGCAGUGAGGAGCCUCAUAAAUUCCCCUCCACGAGAGGCAUUUUCAUCUUCAGGAGAACUGAGUUCUCCAGAAAAUCCUUUUCAAGAAUGGUUUCCUUUUUCAGGGCCAUCUGCAAAAAACAUUACUGUACACAAUGCUACUAUGCUAGGUGAGACUACCCCUGAAAUCACUGCCCAUAAGGAUCCUUCCACUGCAGAUUCUGCUGUGACUGCAGACAGCUUCAUGGCACCUGUUAAACAAACAAAUGAAACACAAUGGGAAUACCAGAACAUGGGCCCUGACUUACCCUCCAAGCCCCAUGGCUCCUCUCUCCCACUGCUCUCAUCCCCGGGGGAUCAAUUUGAAACUCAGCUAAACCAGCAGCUACAGUCCCUCAUCCCCAACAAGGAUGUGAGAAGGCUCAUUGCUCAUGUUAUGCGGACACUGAAACUGGACUGCUCAGAGCCCCAGGUACAGCUGGCCUGUGCCAAGCUCCUCUCCAGAACAGGCCUCCUAAUGAAGCUUCUCAGUGAGCAGCAAGAAGUUAAGGUGUCCAAGGCAGACUGGGAUACAGACCAAUGGAAAACUGAGAACUACAUCAACAAGAGCACAGACGUCCAGAGUGAGCAAAAAGAGCAGGAGUCAAGUGAGCUCACAAAAGAAGUUCCAGGAUAUGGAUAUAACCACAAACUCAUCUUGGCAAUAUCUGUGACUGUGGUAGUAAUGAUUUUGAUUAUAAUUUUCUGCCUCAUUGAGAUUUAUGCUCAUCGAGCAACAUCAGAGGAAGACAAAGAAGGAUCCUCACGGUAAAUAUUAGUCCAGCAAUUUUGUUUCAGUGUUUAUCGUGGUUCAAGUAGCUAUAACAAAACAUUCAUAGACUGACAAUUUUUAAAAGAGAAUUUUAGAACUAGGAGAGAAUGUAGAGGGCCUCUAUUUCACUCCCCUCAGUGCUCAGUGAGGAAACUACCAAAGGCAGGAAGAACAUACUCACCUUAAUACUUUGGCUCCAG